UGAUGAGCUGGUGAUAAAUAAGGAAGAAGGCGAGAAAGAGGGCGAUGAUAGUGAGGAGCUGGAUGAAGAUGAAUAUGAAGUGGAACGAAUUCUCGAUGUUGACGCAGUGGAUGGACAAGUGAAAUAUAAAGUGAGAUGGAAGGGCUAUGGUUCGGGCGAAGAUUCCUGGGAACCGGAAGAGAAUCUUGAAUCGGCACGAUUGAUCCUGGACGAAUAUAUCGGAAGUCAUCAGAAUAAAGUGGUAAAAGCGCGAGACACACUCAAAGGACGUAAAAAG